AUGCAGUAUCCAUCCAACAUGGGUACAUGACUUACCUUCUAAGGAUUCUCUCUAGGGAUGCUAUUGAAGGAGCAGCCAGGAAUUUGAGUCAGCAGAGAAAAUGGACAAGACCUGAGUGAGCAAUGACUGAGGUCUACUUCCGAUACCGUGGAAAUCUUACUGGUCGUGCCCACCCACCCCCAACCCUGGCUACAACUGCUGAUAAGUACUCCAACUUGUACAUGUACGUGGGCUUGUUCCUCACUCUUCUGGCCAUCCUGCUCAUCCUUCUGUUCACUAUGCUCCUGCGUCUCAAGCAUGUUAUCUCUCCCAUCACCACAUCUCCAGAGAGCACCGAGAACAUCCAGCAGUUCACGGAUGUAGAAAUGCAUGCUAGGAUCCCCAGUGCUUAGGGAAGCAACUGGGCUGCAGAGAAGAUGCAUGCGGUGAGAAACUCCU